AUGGAUUUGGUGGACAUUGACAAGGUGUUGGAUGAUCUAGAGCUAAAUGAAGAUGAUGGCAACAGUGCUGCUGUUACAAAGGCAUCAGAUGCAACGUCGACUGCUCGAGAACCGGGAGUCUCGGUGAAUGGCACGUCGGAGCAGACGUCGAUGGGACCGGCUCCCGUGUCCCAGGAAAAGUUAAAAUUUAAGGCCAACGUAGUUAAUGUGUCAACGGUGUUUUCAAGUCUUAACGAGUACGUGAACGCCGGCGGUACGGAAUUGGGUGGUGUGAAGCAUACAAUCCUGAAUGACUCCCAUGAUCUGGGCAUACCGAGUGAAAGAAAGCCACUGUUGACGCCACCGUCGACCUCUUCGAUUUCAUCCGACGUGAAAACGUCGUCGGCGGCAGCAACGUCAUCUUCUGUUCCAACUUCUCCGCAGCAUGUUGUGUCCUCUCCGACGACGUCACCCGAUUCUUCCGCCUCAUCGGUGUCCUGCUGUUCCUCGAGAGUGGCCUCCUCGUCGGCCUCUUCUUCCGCGCAUUCCUCUUCGGCGUCAUCGUCCGCGUCUUCUUCAGCAUCAAGCAGCGAUGCUGAGGACGCAGACAAGCAGAACGUUAAGGGUGAACGAGCGCUUGGGCAUGGGCAUGAAAAGCUACCCGAGGAACUGUCUUCAAUCAGUGCCGACGAUUACGUUCUGGACACGUCCUCGAUGACGACACUGGCCACCACCAACGAAGGAGGCGCACGGAAAGGAGCGACAGCGGCCGAUGCCCAGGAUACGUCAGCUUUUUCCUACAAGAACAGCCUGUACUCGGACACGCUGAGCAAUGAUGUGAUAAACCUGGAAGGAAUCUCUUCCAUCUCCUCCAUCGUAGCUGUGGACCUCACGAAGAGCGGCCAACCACCGUUAGGUCGCGAAGCGAAUGGACUCGUCGAGGGUGCCCCAGUGGCGAAGGAUGAGAUAGAAACGACGGAACAGGAUGAUGUGGAACGGGCCGGCAAGCCGCAUGAUCCGGACGAUGAGCGUAAACCGGUGGUCGGAUUCGAAUCGACGAUGGACGAUGUGUCCGACACGGAACUGGAGAGCUAUUUGCAAGAGUUGGAAGAGUUCGAUUUCCGUAGUGUGAAUGUUGAGUCGACGGUGCCCCCGAAACCAGACUCAGAUUCUAUCACGAUGCCGGACCCGGCAGUACAAUCACAGCCGGAAGUUGAAGGAGUGACAGCAGAGUUGGUGAACAGUCCGACGAUCGUGAGGGAUCGUGCCGAUGAGAACAGUAUCGAUAGUCGCAGCGAUGACGAAAUCAGUCCCAGUUCGUCCCGUGGCGAAAACGAGGACGAUCUAAUAUCCCAAGCAUCUACGCUGGAGUUUAAUGAUUUGGCCAUGGGAGCGACAGCGGCGGUGGCGGCGACUACGCCACUCCCACCAGCAGUCGGGCCAGUAGUAGUGGAACCACCGGAAGGAGCACUUGCAACGGCUUCCUCACUUGACAUUCCCAUUCCGGCGGAUACGGAAGUUUCGGGCGAUUUCCCCUUGGACGAGGAUGGAAGUGAGAUCAAGUUUAUCGAUUGCACGGAAACGGAAUCGGAACGUCGCCUGAUGGACUCGCCGGAAGAUGAAAUCCACCGGAUGAGUCAUCCUGAGAGACCCACGUCUCUUGAGUUGGGCAAUGGGGUGGUGAGUGAGGGCGGUUCUUUAGAAGUUGGUAUUCCAUCCUCACCGGGCCAUACACCUCCCUCAUCGCGGGCAAUGGUACCCGACCAAGGGCUCACGCUAUCCUCCACUAGUUCGGAUGAUUUUGGUGCCUCGGUUGAAGGUAGAGCGCCAGCACACGGUGGCUUGGUGGACGACGGUUCACGGUUGGCUAUUGCUGAUCCGAUUCAAUCGCCCAUCGCCGCUCCGAUGUCGGUAACACCACUGCUCAGCCCUGCCCAAGCGCAGCUUGGCAAGAUACAACCGUUCUGGAUGCCGGACAACUCUACCAAAUUCUGCAUGCAAUGUAACCAAAAGUUUUCCGUCAUCAAACGACGUCACCAUUGCCGUGCCUGUGGUCAGGUGCUUUGUUCGUCCUGCUGCUGUCUGAAGGCGAAGUUGGAGUAUUUGGGCGACGUGGAGGCACGAAUCUGUAUCGAGUGUGAUGUGAUACUGAGCAUCCAACAGCAACAGGCCAUGGAGGCGGAUCAACAUCAGAUGGCCGCUCUGCAGAGCGCGGACGGUCGAAGCAUGGCUUCGGCUGCAGGUGUCAGUAGUCAAAGACAGCCGAAUCCAAAUAAUCCCAUGGAAUAUUGCUCGGUAAUUCCACCGCUGCAGCAGGCCUCUAGCAACCAACCGGCGUCCCCCAUAUCGGUGAUGGUUCCGGUGGGGGUAUUGAAGCGCGCGGGAGCUCCACGGAACAUGCGCAAAGAUAAGAACGUUAUCUUCAGCGAUGGUAUUCGGCCCGGGUGUGAUCUGACCGAACUGGACCAGAACUGGGAUGCGGUACCGGCGCGCACCUCUCCACCCAGAUCGCGUAAACCGCGAGUCCAAACACCGCCCGGUGUGGAUGAAGACCCCAGCGCCGUUCCACGUGCCGGCGGGCAGCUGACGUCCUUGAUACCGCCGGAAGAGAACAAACUGCCGCCGGUGCUGAAGCGAAUCAGUCCUACCGAGAGCAAGCUGGUCGAGAUCGAAAAUGACGCAUCGUUGCUGGAAGGAUUGCGCGAGGUAACGCUCACGUUUGCGAUACAGAAAAACUUUCACGUGCUGGUGACGGUGGUGGACUUGGCGUGCUGUAUCAAUCGAACUGUGAUCAAUUUCACGACGCGUGGGUUGCAUUACGUGGGGCAGGACGAGAUCAUCAUACUGCUCGUGCUGGGUGACUCGCGCGUACUUCCGAAGGAUAUCUUUGUCCACCUGAAUGAGAUCUACUGCGAAGCAGAUCGGGGUCAUAUUAUAACCGAGCUCGGAUUUUCACCCGCACGAUCGAACAAUUUCCUCGGUUCGAAGAACCACGGCGGGUUCCUGUACGUACGGCCCACCUACCAAUGUAUGAAGGCGGUCAUCGCACCGGAAGCACCAUACUUGAUCGGUAUUUUGAUCCAUCGUUGGGAGGUACCGUGGGCGAAAGUGCUCCCGCUCCGGUUGAUGUUACGUCUCGGCGCACUCUACCAGUACUACCCGUGUCCGCACGUGAGUGAACGCGAGCGGGAAUCGGUGUACGUGGAGAUUGCCCAAACGAUCGUGAAUCUGCUGGCGGACUUCCGGCACUUUAGCUACACCAUACCGAGCGUGCGCGGCAUGGUGAUCCAUCUCGAGGAUCAUAAGACGAGCAUACUGAUACCGCGCAAUCGGUACGAACAGAUGGUGAAGGUGGUGGACGGUUCGAGCGAGCAGCUGAUGGCUGUGGGUGGAAACUUUAGCAAACUGGCCGAUGGUCACUUGGUGUGCAUACAGAACACGGAGUCCGGAUGCCCGGAGGCGACACAGUACACGACGCAAGCGAUCGACAUCGAGAGUCAGCCGCGUAAGGUGACGGGAGCGAGUUUCCUGGUGCUGGAUGGGUCGCUCAAGCCCAACUCGGGUCUGACCGGUAGGUGUACCAUUCUGGAGGAUGGACUAAGGGUUUUGAUACCGCCCGUGAAGCUGCAGCUCGUGAAGGAUGCGCUGAAGGCCAUGAAAGAUUAUGAAAUCGUUUGCGGUCCAACCGAGGGUGACGAAAGCCAGAAGGAGCUGGUGUCGAUCGAAUGGACGUCGAAUGAUCUGAACUUCAACAUAGGCGUAACUUCCUCGAUCGAUCGGAAAGCGUUUGACGGUGUUCCCAGCAUACGGGUACACCGGGGAACGGAUUACUCCAACUCGAAUCACAUCAUCCGCUGGACGGAAGUCUUUAUUCUGAAGGGAGACGAAGAAUCGAACAAUCCUGGAGAUCCGAUCAACAUGUCGAAGGUUUCGGAGACGGUUGCCAAAACGGCUUGCAAGGCACUGAUCGAGUAUCUCGACCUACUGGCAUCAAACGGUCUUACCAAAAUAGCUCUACGGAUCAGUUCCAAUCGUGGCGAGAUGGCGUACGUAGCGGGCAGCGGUGGCAAUGCGCUAGCCCCUCUCUACUCGAAUGCGUUGGGACAGGCGGUGAUGGAAUUGUUGCAAAGGCAGGCCACGGCACUGCAUCUCGAUCAGCAUGAUAUUGUAUUCGAACUGAUAUUCCACAUUCUUGACAAGUAA